GAAAUACCGGGAUUAACAAGUAGUCAAUGUCACCGAUAGAAUGUGAUCUCUGGACUCAGUCAGUACACUAUGUUUUCAAACAUGAUAUAGGGCAUGUGAUAUCACGACGUUGUUGGAUGCGCACAUAAUAUAAUCACACCUUAAACGAUCGCGUUAUCUUAACUCUCAAAAGCUCAAGGGAUUGUAAGGUGAGGAUCGAAUCUUUCAAAGUCUUGUUCGUUCACACUGCAUGCUCAACGACGUAGUCAAUCUCCGAAUCCUGCUUCCCGGCUGAGAUCAAGUUUCACCAUGGUUGUCAAGGUUUACGUGGAUUACAGUUCGCAGCCUAGCCGCGCUCUUGUCAUCUUCCUCAGAAACACCAAAAUCCCUUUCGAAAUCGUAGAAGUAAACCUGAUGGGAGAAGACCAUCAGAAACCCGAGUUUGUAAAAAUAACUCCUCUCUGCACUGUACCAGCCAUUCAAGACGGUGACUUCAGCAUGGGUGAAACAGUGGCGAUCAUCAGGUACUUGGCAACAAAGUAUGCAGACCUAGUCCCCGACCACUGGUACCCGAAGGAUCUAGAGAAAAGAGCCAAAGUUGAUGAAUACAUGGCAUUUCAUCAUACAGGAACAAGAGGAGGAUGUUGUGGAAUCUUCUUCAGUGAGGUUCUUAUCCCGUUAUUAUCAGAAGGAAAGGAGCAUGCAUCGGAGGAAACAUUGAAGAGAGACGAAGAAAAUCUUACCAAGCAACUUGAUAAGCUGGAGAAUGCUUUCUUACAGGACAAUGAUUGGUUGGCCGGGGAUGACAUCUCAAUUGCUGAUGUGCUGGCUGUUUCUGAGAUGAUGGAGAAUACCCUGCAUGGACGAGACGUGACAGUGGGUCGACCUAAACUCAAGGCAUUCGUAGACCGCGUCAAGGAUCGUCUGAAUCCCAUCUUUGAUGAAAUUCACGCAGAGAUGUAUGCGUGGAAGGACAAAUACUGUAGUGAAAUACUCUAAUUGAAAAUUGUUUAACAAAUGUAGCCUAUAUAUUCUCUCUGAUCAUUAUCUGAAAAUGCGGAAUCGUUUUUUUUUAAUACUGACAGAAUAAGAAACAAAUAAAUAUGUGCAACAUUAAAAUAAAAAAUUAAAGAUUAAAAUAAAAAUCAUCUGCAAUUGCUCAUACACUCACAUCCCCAUACCAACAAUCGCACGUGAACACAGACCCUUCCGUCCACAAACCCUGACAAUUUUGUAGAUUUUCAAUUCAAUAGGUCCUACAUAGACUUUUUUAUAUAUGAGAUAAAGUUGUUGCGGAAUCUUUGAAAGAAGUUGGAAGGGGAUUCCACUCUUACAAUCCACUCUUACAACGAUAAAAGUUAAUGACUUUAGAGAUGAAGCAAGUCAUACUUUGGGAACAUGAACAUUAUCUUUUGGUCGAGAAGCAUAAUUUGAGAGUAGACAGACAAUAGCAUUUCAGUGGGAAAAGCCAAUUCUUAAUUGAGUACAUAAAGAUUAAAGUAUCAAAAGUAAUAACUUCACGUAAAGCCAAAAUAUGAUUUUUUUUUUAAGCGGGCUUGCCUUCACUUUGCAUAUGGGAGUUAUUACCCAGUAUAUCACCUAAAAUGGUAUUCAUUUUUUUUGUGUGUUCCUUUCCCUUGUUUAAAGAGUACAGGAUAAAUAUUCUGACUUUGCAUUACAUAAUCAUGAUAAUAGGAUUAUCAAUUUGUUAUUCUUAAUACAGCUUUCCCUUUUCCAGAACGAGAGUUUAAUAAACGUUUAAACAUUUUAUUAUUUUUCUUUAUGGAUAUCAUAAGGUCAGCUGUUAGCCAAGGGUUCUUUAAAAUACCUUUCAUUUUUCACUUUGACUUCAGGUCUGUGGAAUCCUUUGUAACAAAUAGAGUGAAAGACUCACAUCAUAAAAAUAUCAUUAUGAUUAUUGGCAUUUAACAUUACUCCAAUCGACUUCAACGAGUUAUUUAUUGAAUUAAAAUAUAAUUAUUAUCGUCAUUACCCUCACUUUGCAGAAAUUGUGAUUGCCAUUGAUUUGUACCCCAAAAAAAAUAGUUAAAUGGUCUUGAGAUGUCAGCUAUGAACAAAGCAAAUUUCAUUAUCCAUUUCAUUAUCGAAAAUUAUACAAACUAUGCAUGUUAUGCCAUCUGUUAAAGUUUCAUAUAUGCUUUUGAUAUUCUUGUUGGUUUCGUAAUGAAAGUUUUUUGAAAAAAAUGAAAGGUUUUGAAAACACAUAAAAAAAAGCUUUAUUUUUCAUGAGUACUUGCUUUUAAUUAAUUAAUGUUGUAGUCAUCUUGAAUGUAGACAGUAGGUUUAUGAUUCCCACAUCUUAAUCAUAAUCAAGCAUGUUCCAAGAUAGAUCUGAUCUUAUCUAAUAAAAAUAUCUUUCAUCUGUGUAAGUGGCAACACCAUCCCCUAAUUCAUUGUGUCUCUUUAUAUUUGCAAGAUCAUAACCAUCUAUAUAUAUUUUUUUUUUCUUGAUUGAAACCAUGUCUCUGUCACACCAAUCGUUGUAAACUUAUGAUUUAUGUUUGUUAACAUUGUUCAAAAUGCAUCAAAGUUAUGGCUUAAACUGCUAUAAUUAACAUAAAGAAGUGCAAAAACAUUAGCAUUUGUUUAAUUGUCACUAAAUUCUUCACAAAGAGUAUAUGAAAAAUUCAUUGCUUUUAUUUUAUAGGAAACAAGCCGAACUGAAAUACAAGUUUUCAUUAUUGCAUGUAACAUUUUCGUCAUUGCAGUUAAUACCGUAAUAAAAAUGGAUUGAUUUUAACAUUUUUCAAAGUGCAUGUUCAGAUUCAACGUUUUUAUUUAGAUGGAAAUAUACAUGAUUUUUUAUCAUUAUA